AUGCCUUUCGAUUCCAACAACCACUUCCUGACAAUAGAGGAUAAUGAUAUCCCUCUCGACACAUUCGACCGUGAGCUAUUAGCUCAACUUGAGGAGCAGAAUCCUCAACCAGUAGCCACGAUGAGAGGAAGUCUGUUGCACCGGUUUACAGAAGACUCUGUCUUACCUGAAUCUCCAGCCAUAGGGCACUACUCCAGCUCUCCAGAUACAUCGUUCCAAUCGAGCCCGUUACGGCGGUAUUUCAGACCCAGUCAAUCUCGAAUCACUCCAUCGCCCGGUUUCUCAGAGUAUCAGUAUGUGCCCGCUCACCUCAACAACAGGCCAGAGCAUACGGAAGGCAGUUCUUCGAGCAGAAAAGGGACAUCCGCAUCCCCUUCGUUGCCUCGUCAGAUUUCAUUAAGUCAUGCGCCUCCUGUAGUCCAAGGUAUUCAUCUGAUUGAAACCAAGGUGCUUCCAGAUCGUUUUCGUGCUCUAUUUCCCUACCCCGUCUUUAACGCGGUGCAGUCCAAGUGCUUCCCUCAUAUCUAUGAAACUGACCAUAAUGUCGUCGUAUCUGCACCAACAGGAAGCGGCAAGACUGUCAUUAUGGAACUCGCUAUUUGCCGUCUGGUCAACAAUCUGAAAGAUGGGCUGUUCAAGCUUGUGUAUCAGGCUCCGACAAGAGCUUUGUGUUCCGAGAGGUUUCGUGAUUGGUCCAAGAAGUUUAAUUCGUUGGGAUUACAGUGUGCCGAGUUGACGGGUGAUACUGAUUAUACUCAGUCUCGACUGGUGCAAACUGCCAGUAUUAUCAUCACCACACCGGAGAAAUGGGAUAGCAUGACAAGGAGGUGGAGAGAUCAUUCGAAGUUGAUGCAGCUUAUUAGAUUGUUUUUGAUUGAUGAAGUGCAUGUCCUCAAUGAGACACGUGGCGCUGCCCUUGAGGCAGUGGUAUCACGAAUGAAGUCGGUCGGUUCGAAUGUCCGCUUCAUUGCACUGAGUGCUACAAUACCAAACUCGGAAGACAUCGCUACAUGGCUGGGCAAGAAUGAUACGCUACAACAUUUACCUGCUCAUAAAGAACAUUUUGGCGAGGAGUUUCGUCCAACAAAGCUUCAGAAAUUCGUCUAUGGUUAUCCGUGUACGGGGAAUGACUUUGCGUUUGACAGGUUACUGGGCUCAAAGCUUCCUGAUAUCAUAUCUAAGCAUUCGAAUAAAAAGCCUAUGAUGAUAUUUUGCUGCACAAGAAAUUCCGCAAUUUCCACUGCAAAGGAGCUCGCUAAGCUAUGGUCAAACACUGUUCCUCAGAGACGACUCUGGGCUGGGCCGGUGAGAAUGCCUGUUGUCAGGAAUACUGAUUUGAGAGCACUUGUCAACUCUGGUGUUGCCUUCCACCACGCCGGUUUAGAUAGCGACGACCGUCAUGCUGUUGAAAAAGCUUUCCUCGAAGGCAAAUUGAGUAUUAUCUGUUGUACAUCUACGCUUGCUGUUGGUGUCAAUCUCCCUUGUUAUCUGGUUAUCAUCAAGAAUACCGUCUGUUGGCAGGAAGGUGGUUGCAAAGAAUACACCGACUUGGAGAUGAUGCAGAUGCUCGGACGUGCCGGUCGUCCUCAAUUUGACGAUACUGCCGUGGCUGUCAUACUUACAAAGAAAGAACGGGUCUCAAGCUAUGAACAGCUGGUAUCAGGCACGAUGCAACUAGAAAGUUGUCUUCAUUUGAAUCUCAUCGACCAUCUAAACGCAGAAAUUUCCUUAGGCACAGUUUCGGACAUUCAGAGUGCUAUCAAGUGGCUUGCAGGGACUUUUCUAUUCGUGAGACUCAGGAGAAACCCUACUCGCUACAAGUUGAAAGAAAACGCAGACCGCAUAGAUGAGGAUGAAAUGCUACAACAGAUAUGUCACAAGGACGUCAAACUUCUCCAGGAGACUGGUCUUAUUAACAAGCAAGGUCCUUUCAAAUCCACACCAUACGGCGAGGCCAUGGCCAAGUACUACAUCAAGUUUGAGACCAUGAAAAUUAUACUGGAAUUGCAUCCAAGAGCGAAGAUUUCGGAGAUUUUAUCUGCAAUAUCUCAGGCUGAAGAAUUCCAUGAGCUGCGUCUCAAAGCCGCGGAGCGCCCCUUUUAUAGGGAGCUGAAUCGUGCUCAUGGAAUCAGAUUUCCGAUCAAAGUAGAAUUGGUUCAGAAUACUCACAAGAUCUCUCUUCUUAUACAAUCUGAGCUCAGCGCCGUGGACUUUCCUUCUGCCGAGCAGUUUCAGAAACACAGGCUGCAGUUUCAACAAGACAAGGCGAUAGUUUUUACGCACCUCAAUCGUCUCAUACGCUGUAUUAUAGAUUGUCAGAUACACAACGAGGAUGGCGUUGCCGUGAGAAAUUGUCUAGAACUUGCGCGGAGCUUUGUUAGUCGAGUCUGGGAGAACUCACCCUUUCAAAUGAAACAGAUUGACCAGGUCGGUGUCGUUGCGGUCAGAAAGUUGGCUGGUGCCGGAAUUAGCAGUAUCCAAGAACUGGAGGAAACAGAAGCACAUAAGAUUGACAUGAUUUUGAGCAAGAAUCCUCCUUUCGGUAUGAAACUUCUUGCAAGGCUUGCUGAAUUUCCGAAGCUACGCGUGACUAUGAAGAUGCUGGGCAAGGUAAGCAAGCACGGCGGAUCGGUUAUGGUCAAUUUCAAGGCCGACAUAGGCUUCUUGAACGAGAAGACGCCAACAACUUUCCACAAGCGUCCAGUAUACGUCUGUUUCCUAGCAGAGCUCUCUGAUGGUCGACUUUUAGACUUUCGACGCUUGAGUGCUCAAAAGCUUCAGAAUGAUCACGAAAUCCUGCUGAGUGCGGAGAUCAAGAGUUCGCUACAGCAUAUAACAUGUUAUGUGAUGUGUGAUGAAAUUGGUGGAACAUGUCAAUACGCAGAAUUGAAGCCUGAUGUGCCGGAUUUGUUCUUCUCUGCUGACAUUUUAGAUAUGGAUAAAACAUUCUUAAUGAACACGUCCAGACGCAGAAAUGGUGACGGCCCAAAGCAGAAGGCUGUGAUUCAAAAUGAUAUUUUUGAAGAUGACGAUAUUCCGGACGACGCUUUCUUGGAAGCUGUUCAUGGUUUCGAUGGCCAUCAGCCACAGGAGCGAGGCUCAAUAGACAGAGCUUCGAGCAAGAGUCGCAAGAACGAACGACGUAUGAGCGAACAUCUCGUAGAUCUAGACGACGUCCAGCCGGUCACGCUCGAGAAUGGGAAAUACAACUGCAACCACAAGUGCAAGGAUAAAUCAACGUGCAAGCACUUUUGCUGCCGUAAAGGCCUCGACAAGCCACCUAAGAUGCACAGUAAGAAUGCUCCUACAAAGUCCCGUCAAAAUGAACGAACCAAAAGUAAGAGUCAGCUUCUACUGUUUACCAAUGGUCAUGGAAAGACAUCCAAUAAAGAUUCACAAGGGAACACCGACUUUGAUAUGGUUGAGUACUUGGACCUCACCCAGCCUAGUAAGGAAGAGCAACCAAAGAAACAAAUAGCCUCUGAGUGGCAUGUCCUUAAUUCGAAAGCAACACGGAUGGCUAAUUUGGACAUCGCAUCAACUCAAGCAACUUUGCCCAAAGCUUCCGUGAGUAAAGCUGGAAAUAGGAAGCGAUCCAACACUCGUCGACGACGGUCAUCGAGUGAGUAUGAUGAUAGUAGCUUGGAUGAACUUUUUUCUCCAGCCAGACCUUCAUUAAACAGUUUCACUGGUAUCUACUCGCCUACGGUAAACACGGGCCUCGAUUUGGAUGAUGAUUUUGAUCAAAUCCUGGGUUCAAUCAACACACAGCCAUCGAACAAUAUUCAAGAUGUUCUUGCAAGUCCUGUCUCGAAGACACUCGGACCACAUGAUACAUUUCUGCACAACGCAGACAAUUCAUCUUUGCUUGACAAGCAGGAUACACAGACUCAAGCAUCGUACGACAAGAGUCUUGGAUAUGAACCGGAAACAGCCACGACAAAGAGAAAAGUCGAACCAUUGAGUGAUGCCACGAAUAUCAGCAACCAUGCUUCCAAGCGCCCUAAGAUUGAUAUGCAAACUCUAACCGAUGAUAAUGCAAAUAUGACGAUUCAUGAUGACGCCUACUCAACUGACAAAGUGCAGUCUAAUUUGAUCCACCAGUCUGAGUCGCAAAAUAAGAACAUUGACGAGCUGUUGCUACAGGAGUUUGGCGAUAUAGUCAACUUCUCCGGGUUUUGA